GUGAUUGAAAGUAUUAUCCGUUUUCAGAGUCUGUUUUGAGUUAUUAGAACGGGAGGACAAUCCUCACAGGGGGUUUUAGGGGUGAAACACUGAAGCUCGGCGGCAGAAGAAGCGUUUUUGUUUGUCGAUGACCGCACGGUUCACAAAGGAAAACUUUUCUCGGGACGAAAGUUGUCAAGUGAGUUGAACUCCAACAAUAGGCAGCCUCUGCCUCGGGACAGUGUACAGCUUGUCACAGAACAUAUGUAAACAGUCGAAACCGGACUCAUUAUUCAGUUAUUUGGAGAGAUUAGAAUAAAAGUUUAUGUCUAGAAAAAAUAGUAAAAUGGAAGCGACCUUCUACGACGAAGCUGUUAAUGCCUCCAACUCCCAGCAUGACGGGACGUCUGUAUACGGGUUUAACCCCAAAACACUGAAACAAAACAUGACUCUGAACCUAAACGACCCGAAAAACUUCAAACCGCAGCUGGGGGCAAAGGCCCUGGACAUCCUGACUUCGCCUGAUGUCGGUUUACUGAAGCUGGCCUCGCCUGAGUUGGAGAGACUGAUCAUCCAGUCCUGCAGCGGGCUGACGACCCCCACCCCGACCCAGUUCAUAUGCUCCAAGAACGUCAGUGACGAGCAGGAGGGCUUCGCUGAAGGGUUCGUAAGGGCCCUGGCUGAGCUCCACUACCAGCAGAUACCCGCCGCCCACCCCGACGCUCAGACCGGCGGGACCAGCGGCGUGGCACCCAGCACCGCUUCAUGCGAGGCCAGUGGGAUUCCCUACAGCUGCACGGUGCGCUCGGACCCGCCCGAAUACACCAACCUGGCCGCUUUCAGCCGAACCGUGGGCUCCGCGUCGGCACCUGUCGCAGAGAGGCACCCGCAGACAAAUUAUCCAGGAGCCCCGCAGCCGCCCCACAACCACACGGACCACCAACUGGCGGCGGCGCAGCACCCGCGGCUACAGGCGCUAAAGGAGGAGCCGCAAACGGUGCCCGAGAUGUCCGGCGAGACGCCUCCGCUCUCCCCGAUCGACAUGGAGAGCCAGGAGCGCAUCAAGGCGGAGAGGAAGCGCUUGAGGAACAGAGUGGCCGCGUCCAAGUGCCGGAAAAGGAAGUUGGAGAGAAUUUCUCGGCUCGAGGAGAGGGUCAAGAACCUAAAAACCCAGAACACGGAGCUGGUUUCCUCCGCCAACGUCCUUCGAGACGAGCUGGCUCUGCUCAAGCAAAAGGUCAUGGACCACGUCAACAGCGGCUGUCAGCUCAUCCUGACGCAGCAGCUCCAAGCCUACUAGACUGCGGUGACAAAACGGAACCAAUAAGGGACAUAAGGGACCAAAUGCAACUUGAGAAGGCUGCUUGAGACCUUUCACCGACUUUUCCACUCCGGAUGGUUAUUGACGUGUGAUCGGUCGCUGUAAAUAAAGCCAUCUUUUAUUUUACAGACGCACACAGCUGAGAGAAACUUUUGCUCUAUUGUCUGCCACUUUUGGCUUUCACUACAUUUUAUUUCUACAAAAAAAAAACAAAAAAAAAAACAACUUGUAGAUCACACGUGGAAAACCCGCACCUCAUCACAUGAUCGUGGUAGCGUGGGAUCCAGCUGCACGCAGUGAAACACACCUUUGUCUUGCAAAAGUCAAACAGCAAUAUAAGAUCGAGUUUAGCACUGUAGCCCAUGGACCAGCGAGCGCAUGUACAGAAAAAAACACUAACAACUUUCACACCCUCUGGACCUUUUUUCCUAGGUGUGUGUGUGUGUGUGUGUGUAGCGUUUACUGACAGCUGCCUUACUUUCAGAACACUUCUAUUCAUACGACUUUAUAAUACGUGUGUAACUUGUUAGCCCUGAGAAUAACCCUUUGUAAUAUUUGUACGCAGCAUUUUGAGCACUUAACUGUAAAUAAGGUUAUAAAAAUAAAAGCAAAACUUGGACACA